UCACUCACAAAUAAAUAUAUUUUGAAGCGAAGUGAAACAAAUAUUCUUGAAAAUAAAAAUUAAACAAAAAUGAAUAUUGAAUCUUUGAGAGAUGGAAUAAACUCCCUGAUGUACGUGGGUCAAACUUUAACCUCAGAAGAACUCUUGCUAAUACAAAAUUCACUUAUUAUUCUUCAAAGUGAUAAUAAAUUUAAAGAAAUAUUUUUCUGGGGACGUAUUCAAGGAAUCGAGAAGGAUUAUUUUAUAGCAUUUGGAUAUACCAAGGAUUGUUUGAAAGAGAGGAAAUUUUUCUACAGCUUAGACUGUUUGCAGUGGCUUAUGAUGCCAUUACCAAAUUCCGAUCUUUUUCAAGCAUCACUUUUGUGCCGACCAAAAUUUCAGGGUGAUCCAAGUCAUUUUACAUGUGUAGAACUUGAUCCUAAUUUUUCAAUUGAUGAAAAUCACAUUAUUCUCGCAACGGAACCAGAAGUUAAACGUUUGAAAGAAGAAGAUCGACUGGCUUGUGCAGUUCAUAUGAUAACUGAGGAGAGUGCUGUUAUUCCAAAGGGAGCACUGUACAAAAUGACAGAUCAAAGUGUCAUUUAUAAUCCAAUGUUUCAUGGCUUAACUGAGUUGGAGGGAAACUUAAAGAGCUAUUACCAGCUUUAUAGAAUUCCGAAAAACAAACGCGAAUAUAAUUUAAUGAAACGAAUUGAUUAUAAUUAUACAAUUGAUUUCUUAGACACCAUAGAUGAUGCAAUUCCCAAAGAUGUUGCUUUUCAAUUGAACAUGGAACGAAAUGGACGAUUGGUCAUGAUAAGAUCUUGUAUUUGGCCAGGAAUGACGUUCUAUCACAAAUUGAAUACCAAGGAACAUGGAUUUGCUUAUUUCGGAGAUGCAAAGAAAAAUUUUGAUUUGUUAUUUAUGAUUUAAUUAAUAAAACUUUAUUAAAAACUUGUACCAAAA